GCUCGCUCUGCGCGCUUCUCUGCAUCGAAUCGACCAUUAAAAUAUAAAAAUCAUACAAAAUCAAUACAUAUAUACAAAAUGUAUAAUUUCCGCUCAUUGAUGUUGGCCUGAAAUUCGGUGCGGUGCGUGUUUCUGGCUAACGAAAGUGAAAACUCAAAUACACGAAUUAACAUAAAAAACGCUUAAAUAAUCAGCCAAAGCGUACAAUACAAAUGCAAACAAUGUGAAAAGAUGCCUAUCUGUGUGCUGUGCGUGUGUGUAGCCGCAGCAGCCGCAGUAGCAGCUGCGAGUAUGUAUGUGUACCGUAAGUGCAUGAAGAAAACGAAUCUCAAUGAUAACAAGAGCCAUCAGAGCUAGAUAAUCAGCGAUGAUUUAACAAAAGAAGUGCCCCGAAUCUGAAAGAACCUUCUGCCCAACCGAAAUGCCUAAAGCAGAAAUUGUGAUUGAAAUUGUCGUUGCGGCAGCCCAGCGACACGGACUCGAGAGCAAGCAAAAUCGUUACGCUGCAUUUUGACUUGGGGGGCGUCUGAAAAAUCGAUUGGAUUGCCCGUAGUAAAGUCGCGAGUCGCGACCAUAACAACACUACAGCAAUGACGCUAAAUGGAGUCCCGUGCUCCGUCCGCGGACGCGGAUAUCUAACCAAAGAUGGCGAUCUCGAGAUGAAAGUGCGCACCCAGUGAGCAUUCUUCGCUUUAGUGAGCUAUUCAGCCCCAGAGCCAGAGCCAGCCACAGACACUGAUUGAGAGUGAGAGUGAGAGAACGCGAGAAAGGCAGAGAUACCAGGUCCAAAAUGAGAGGUCGCAUUCUGAUACCACUGCCCAACACCGGAUCGAUGGGACGGAAGCGCAACAACUUCUAUAUGCGGAGUAUAUUUCUACUGGCGCUCUGCAUCUUUGGCCUGCUGCAGUACCACAACUUUAACUAUCUGGAGUCCAGGGACACUGUGCUGGGAGAUGCAGUCACCAAUGACUCGGAUGAUGCCAUCCUGGCCAUGGUACCCGCCACACUGCACAAGUACUUGACGCCGCACUCGCGCAAUCACAGCACCGCCGCUGUAACCGGAGCGAUGGGCGGGGCCCCUCUGCUCCUAAACACGAGCAGCUCCGGAGCGGCCACUGCAACCACAAUCAGCUUUGACGUCUACCAUCCGCCGAACAUAUCGGAAAUAAAGCGUCAAAUCGUGAGAUACAACGACAUGCAGCUGGUGCUUAACGAGGACACAUUCGGUCCUCUGCAAAACGACUCUGUGAUAAUUGUAGUCCAGGUGCACACGAGGAUUACUUACUUGCGGCAUCUGAUUGUGAGCCUGGCGCAGGCGCAGGACAUUACCAAGGUGCUGCUGGUGUUCUCGCACGACUACUACGACGAGGACAUCAACGAUCUGGUGCAGCAGAUAGACUUCUGCAAGGUGCUUCAGAUCUUCUAUCCCUACUCCAUUCAGACCCAUCCCCACGAGUAUCCAGGCGUGGAUCCCAACGACUGCCCCAGGAAUAUCAAGAAGGAUCAGGCCAUGAUCAGAAACUGCAACAACGCUCUUUAUCCGGAUCUCUAUGGGCAUUAUCGGGAGGCGAAGUUCACGCAGACGAAGCACCACUGGAUCUGGAAGGCGAACAGAGUGUUCAACGAGCUGGAGGUGACCCGCUUUCACACAGGUUUGGUCCUGUUCCUCGAGGAGGACCACUAUGUGGCGGAGGACUUUCUCUAUCUGCUGGCCAUGAUGCAGAAGCGCACCAAAGACUUGUGCCCCCAGUGCAACGUGCUGUCCCUGGGCACCUAUCUGAAGACAUUCAACUAUUACACCUACCACAGCAAGACUAACAAGAAAUCCUAUGCUUCCUCGCUGAUCUCGACAAACAGUCUAUUAGGAUACAAUAGGAAUAAUAAUAAUAACAACAACAACAAUAAUAAUAAUAACAACAACAAUAGAAACUCAAUGCAAUUAGCCGUGUCGUCCUCCUCUUCUUCCACAUCAUCUGCGCAAUCAUCAACGACAUCAUUCAGAAACAACAACGCCAAAGUCUAUGUGGGCGACACCACCAACAGCAUCAACAGCAAUAAUAGCAACAAGAAAGAUCACAAUAAAAACAAUAAGAAUAAUAAAUCAAAUAACAUGCGAAGCAACCACAUCAACACUGUCACCGCCUCCUCAGCCGCCACAUCCUCCGACACCAACAACGAGCCAAAUAGCAAUAACAAUAACAAUAACAACAACAACAAAAAUGGUGCACAAACAUGGAACUAUCAUGUCCUGCCGUCAUUGUAUUCCGUCUAUCAGAAGGUCGAGGUCAUGCCGUGGGUGAGCAGCAAGCACAACAUGGGCUUCGCCUUUAACCGCACCACCUGGACGAACAUAAGGAGGUGCGCCCGUCAUUUCUGCACUUACGACGACUACAACUGGGACUGGUCGCUGCAGCACGUCUCCCAGCAGUGCCUGCAGCGCAAGCUGCAUGCCAUGAUAAUCAAGGGCCCGCGAGUCUUUCACAUUGGCGAAUGUGGCGUUCAUCACAAGAAUAAGAACUGCGAGUCCAACCAAGUCAUCUCGAAGGUUCAGCACGUUCUGAAGAUAGCUCGCAACUCGCAUCAGCUCUUUCCCCGCUCGCUCACCCUGACGGUGCCCAGUCUGAGUAAGAAGACCAAGCUGCGCAAGGGCAACGGCGGAUGGGGCGACCUGCGAGACCAUGAACUGUGUCUGAACAUGACGCUGCCAACGCGGUAGAGGAGGAGGCCAAAGGACUAAGCUCCAGCAUUGAAUACGAGUAUAAUAUCUAGUUAGAGCUAUUAGGAAGUAGCCUUAAAUAUGGUAACACUCAACCAGAUUAUGCACUGUGUAUCAGUGAAGUAACCUAACCGCAAGUAAUCGAAGCCAAGACAAGUUGUGCAUCAGUUGCGCCUCCAAAGACCCUCCACGGGCGCGGCACAAAUUCCUAGUAUAAGUAAUCCUCCUCUAGUCACCGGCCAUAUGCCAACCAAAACAACUCGAAACCCCCCAUAUUCGAAUCCUUUCUGUGCUGUUUGCUCUUCGGUUUGGUAAAAAUUACUUUGUAUUGUUUGGGCUCCGUCCACAUUAAUGGCGAAAAGGUCCCAAGCAACGCUUACGACUCAUAUUAAUACUUAUACAACUCACUCGAAUAGUACUCAAUCGAAUCGUCUAUCGUAGUCCCAAAAUGUGCCGAAUCCUCCGUUUCGUAAAUGGUCGAGUUUAGAGGUAGAGACAGGAGAGCAAGCAGUAAAUCGCAUAAACUAGUCAUAGCACAUGCGCCUAGAACCCCAGCGCAUUAGAACAAUAUAACUAGCUCUUUGAUAACUUAUUAUAUAACGUUUUAAGCCUGUAAAUAGAAAUCUUUUGUUGUAUAAAUUACAUAAGGUCUUUUUAAUACACAUACGUACAUACAUACAUAAUGUAUUUAACUAAUGUAAUCUGUUAUUUUCUAAUUGUUAGUCGAAUGCGCUUUUAUGUACUAGGAAUUUUUGAUCAUUUGAACGAGUAAUCUUAGCGAAUAAAAGCCAAGUGAACGCUGAA